AUGAUGGACUUUCAAGGGUCAGGGCUGCCUCGGUCAAAAAACAUCUCCGACGCCAGACACCCAAAACGUCGUCGACUCUGCGACAACUCCUUCGAAGAGGUCUUGCCAUACCCGCAUGCCGUAUCCAAUCCAGCCCUUGGACAUCAUGAAUAUGAUUACACCGAUCUCGUCGUCGUGGGCGAGGAGGAGACACAGGUGCAGUGCAGCUCGCGAUGCGAGAGCAAUGUUGAGGCUUCGUCGAUAAACGUUACGGAUGAUGAAUUGCUGGAAUGUUGCUACGGAAUGUUGUCUAAAAUCUGUGUACGACUUCGACAUCCUUCAAACGUGCCAUUACCAUCCCAUCUUCCCGUUACCUUUCGAGCCCCCAACACACUUUCCUCACUGAGCAAUGCAUCGGCAGAGUUCGAAAUACAAUCCGAUGUCCACUCAAAGAUUCUGAGUGAGCUGCAUGGUCUGGAAGAUGUUACAACACAGAUGUAUUGCUGUUCAAGUCUCGAGCUGCCACGGCAAUCCUUCCCACCCAACGCCAAAAGAAGAAGUGGUAAAAUAUCUCGGGUAUGGCGCUUGAAUGUGAUCAUAUAUGGAAGUGUGAUGGUGGAGGAUGUUGUCGGUCAAUAUCUGUCCAAAAAUCGAAUGUAUCUGCAGGAUCCUGUCGAUUGUGAACGCAACGUUUUGUACAGAAACCCUCAUAUGAUAUCAACGGAUGGAGGGAUAGUGAUGACCGAUUCGUUCAUGACUCCGCCAAUACCAAUUGAGGUUGAACGUCUGAGCAUUGGGCCUGACUUACUGGCACAAUUGAUGGCAGAACAGACUUCUCUACCGGAAAUGGAACCUCCUUCCACUGUAACUACCGCUUUGUUUCGCCACCAAAAACAAGCGUUAACAUUUAUGGUUCGGCGCGAACAGGGAUGGGACUUGAAAAGCACGGGUGAUAUAUGGAUAGAAGAGGAUAGCGAACCGGGCUGCCGCAGUUAUCGAAAUACAGUUAAUGGAUGCUCUCGGACUAAACCGCCACCGUGCUUUCGUGGGGGCCUCCUCGCCGACGACAUGGGGUUGGGCAAGACCCUCAGCAUGAUAUCUCUGAUUGCGACGAAUCAAUAUCUAAAGUCCCCACCCUAUGGCAAUUCUGCAUACGAAAAUGAGUUGUGCCAUAAACUCAAGGCUACCCUCUUGAUUGUGCCUCCGCCUCUGAUUCAGGCGUGGCAAAAGCAACUUAAUAUGCAUAUUCGACCGGGCACUUUUCAUCUACACGUGUACCACGGCCAGAACAGAAAGGAGAUUGAGAAGUUGCAACAUUGUGAUGUUGUAAUUACAACUUUCCAAACAUUAUCUUCGGCUUGGAGGAAGCAAAGGCUUCAAGUUGUGCAGGACCCAAUAUUCUCGGUCACAUGGCAUCGAGUUAUUCUUGACGAGGCCCAUACCAUCCAAAAUGCCCAGAGUCAGCUUGCUCAAGCGUGUUGUGCGCUUCAGGCUGAGAGACGGUGGGCAAUAACUGGCACCCCGAUUCAAAACAAGCUCACCGAUUUUUCGAGUAUCCUCAAAUUCCUUCAAGUAUAUCCAUAUGAUGAUCAGAAGAUUUUUGAUGAGGAGAUAUCACACCCAUGGCACCUAGCUAACCGGGAAGGCUUCCUAAGGCUCAAAAGUUUGGUGCGAGCUAUCACUAUCAGUCGGACGAAGACUGUGAUCAAAUUGCCUGCUCGGGUGGAUGAGAUUCAUCAUCUCGAGUUUUCUUCUGAAGAGAGCGAUGGGUAUAAUGCUGCUAAGAAAGAGACCAUUGCUUUAUUCGAAGAAGCAAUCUCUUCUAACAAACAGGGUGGCAAGACCUUCAAUGCCUUGACGCGCCUCAACUUCCUACGAAUCUUCUGCAACCUUGGCCUUUGCGACGUGUGCGACUCUUUCUAUUCGAAUAUAUUAGAUGGUUCUGCGCUGUGUACUCAGUGCGGCCAGGCUCUGCUCGAAGACUUGCUUGAAGGAACGUCGCGUCCUGAUUUCGACUGCUCGCCCAACAUCACCCGCAUGCCCAGUCUCUGCGAUAAUUGCAAAUCUGAUUCGAGUUCUCACCAGUCAGGUCUAACACCCUUCUUUCAACGCGAGCAGUCUGAUGUUUCUGCGGCGUCAAGUGCUCCUUCAACGCCAAGCAACCAGACACAAACCCUUCUGCCAUUGGAGUCGAUCCCGACGAAAAUCAAAGCUCUUGUGGCCGAUUUGUCUACACAUUGUCUCACAGAAAAAUGCGUUGUCUUUUCAUUCUGGACAUCGACUUUAGAUCUCGUCCAAUAUAUGCUCGAUGAGAGUGAAAUUAUUUACACGAGGAUCGACGGGAAGAUGUCUUUGGGGAAGAGAACAGAAUGCAUGCGCUUGUUUCAGACGGAUGACACCGUCCGGGUUAUCCUCGUGUCGAUUACCUGUGGUGGCGCUGGGCUUGACCUGACAGCUGGGUCUCGAGCCUACCUUCUUGAGCCUCACUGGAAUCCGAUGAUCGAGGAGCAGGCUCUCUGCCGUGUUCAUCGAGUGGGACAGAAGCGGGAGGUUACCACAGUUCGCUAUCUCAUACGGGGUUCAUUUGAAGAGCAAGUUGUGGAAAUCCAGAAGCGGAAGAAAAAAUUAGCUGAAGUCACAUUUGGGUCAGGACAGAUGUCCGAGGAUGGCAUCAACUUAGGAACUCUACUGGCAAGUCGAUACCUAAAAUCUGUUCUCGAAUGA